AAUCACGGCGGAGGUUUGAACUACCAUGAAAAUUACUGAGAAGCCUACCAUCCCGAAUUGAGGAGAUGAGAAAGUGAGAGCACAUACGAAAAUUGGAAAGCUUCAACACAACGGAGCCGUGGCAAGCGCAGCGUCGAACUCAUUCUCUUCUUGGUCCACAGUGUUAAUUAUUCCAAAUGAACGUUGAACUCAUCAUUCAGAACGCAACGGUUGUGACCGCAUCCGACGUUCACCCACGUCAAGACAUCGUCGUCCAGGAUGGCAAGAUUCUUGCCGUUGGCCAGAACCUGGGCUCUCUGUUUUCCGCCACAAGGGUCAUUGAUGCUCAAGAUGGCUUCGUCAUGCCCGGUGGCGUAGAUUCACACGUGCAUCUCGAUCAGGACAACUCUACAACUGGGGACAACUUUGAGACCGGCACUAGGUCGGCCGUUGCCGGCGGAACGACCAGCAUCAUCGCCUUCGCGACCCAGGAGCGACACCACCAGUCUCUGCAUCCCGUGGUCGAGGACUAUCACUCACGUUCAGCCGGCAAAUCCUAUUGCGACUAUGGCUUCCACAUUAUUCUUACCAACCCCACGCCGACUGUUCUGUGUGACGAGCUUCCUUUCUAUGUGAGCGAGGGUAUCACCUCGGUGAAGUUGUACAUGACCUAUGACCCACUAAAGCUGAAGGAUGGCGAGAUCCUGGAUGUCAUGAUGGCCACGCGGAACCUAGGCAUGACAACGAUGGUGCAUGCUGAGAACAGCGACAUGAUCUCCUGGAUCACAGCCCGUCUUGCGGAGCAGAAACUCACCGCCCCGUACUAUCAUGCCAUCAGCCGGCCCCAGAUCGCCGAGGACGAGGCGACCUACCGCAUCAUCGCUCUGGCCGAGCUCUCCGACAUCCCUAUCCUCAUCGUCCACAUGUCGUCCAAGACCGCCGCCUCGCAUGUCAGAAACGCCCAGACGAGGCUCCUCCCCAUCCACGCCGAGACAUGUCCUCAUUAUCUCUAUCUGACGGCUGACUCGCUCCGCCCGUCCCAUCCAGAAGAUGGUUUCUCUGGCGCAAAACACAUCUGCAGCCCGCCGCUCAGAGAAGACCGCAUGGACCUGGAAGCCAUGUGGACGGGCAUCGUCAACGGGACCUUCACGACCUUCAGCUCGGAUCACGCACCCAGCAAAUACGACCACCCCUGCGGGAAAAAGGCAGGAUUGGACUCCAGCGGCGGCAUGCGGUACGACAAGGUCCCGAACGGACUUCCAGGAGUAGAAACGCGCAUGCCAGUUCUCUUCGAAGGCGGUGUUCUUACUGGCAAGGUGACCCCUCAAAAGUUUGUUGAAGUCACAUCGACUAAUCCCGCCAAACUGUACGGUCUGGGGGAGACCAAAGGCGCCAUCGCCGCGGGAUAUGAUGCCGACUUUGUGAUAUGGUACCCGACAGCUCAGCAGGCUGCUGUCCACGGGGAAGCUGGGACCGCCAAGAUGGAGCCCUUUGUGCUGGAGAACUCCAUGUUGCACCAUGAUAUCGACUACUCUCCCUUUGAAGGCAUGGAGUUUCACAACUGGCCGCGUUAUACCAUCCUGAGAGGCAAAGUGGUCUGGGAUCGAGACAACGGGGGGCUUGUUGGCGAAAUGGGAUUUGGGCAGUUCCUGCGCCGGGGCAAGAGCACUUUGAGCAAGCCAAGGAACAAAUGGGUGAACGAGUUCCAGCCCAUGCCAGAGAUCAAGCGGCCGAGUGUGGCAUAUCCUUAGCUUUUUUCAACAUUCCCAUUAUCAAAUUUCCUGGGUCAAUCAGGGCUGUCCAUUACUGGUCACAGCAAGUAGUCGUCAGCGGUGCAACAGGAAACUCAAUUAUGAACACGGACGUGCUCGAAGCGAAGACUGGAAAUAUAGUUCUGUCGCUAGCAAGUAUCUUGGAUCGUUCACGGUGUGACGUAGAUCAAUGCCGAGUCCGAACUCCCAAGAUCCCGGGCUAGAUUUUGAAUUGAACAUGC